UCUUUGACAGAGUCUAUGUGGUAAACAUGUUUUGAAAUGGCGAAACGUUUAGGAGAUUCUUCAUUUAAUCGUAAGAAGAUUUCCAAGAAACAAAAACUGGACGAUCAUGAUGAAACACUUUGGGACGAUGAUCUUGAUGAUGAUUGUUUUGAUGAGAUAGCUAAUAAAAUAUUGGAAAAAGAUCAUAUCGUGCAGUCUACUCAAGAAAACUCAUCAGUUCUGCUUACUUAUAAUUCUUUCAAACCAAAUAUACCUUUCGCUUCUACUCAAAACUCAUUAAUACCCACUGAUGAUUUCAAAAAGCCACAAUCGAUGGCUGAUAUUGAAGAUCUGAAAAUGAAAUUGACAUACCUGCAACAAAAAUGUGAAGCCAAAGAAGGUGAAGUGUCUAUUCUACGCUCACAAAUGAAAAAAUUCAAAUCUGAUAUGUCUGAUGAUCUAUUGAAAAAACAGAAAGAACACUUGGAAAUCAUAAGCAUAAAAGAAAAAGAACUAAAGUCUAUUAAAGGUCAGCUUGAUUUUAAGGAUUUAGAGAUAGCAAACUUGAAACAGAAAAUCCUAGAGGUAUCAAAAACAAAUCUGAAUAGUUCCAAUGCUCUGGAAAUGAGCAAAAGAAGAAAUAUUGAAAGCUCACCAAGAAGAUUUUCUAGUAAGAAUAAGGAUAGUGCAUCAAAAAUUACCAAAGAAGCGGAAAGGGAUUUUGAAACUUUCAUUUUAUUGGAACCAGAAUAUAUUGAAAUAUCAAAGGAUUUUUUCGAUUUCUUCAAAAGCUCUACACCUGAAAUUCAUGUAGUAGAGGCAAGAGUAAGUCAGUUUGGUAGAAAUAUUAUCCCUUCCUUACACAACCAGAUGAUCCAAGAAGAAUCAACAUUGCCACCUGGGCCCAAAUUGACAGUACGAAUUAGUGGUAGAGAAAUAUCUCUAGAAGAUAUAUAUUCUGAAGUUUUUGCUCUCUUUCAAUGUGAUAUCACGGAAAAUAAUACAGAAGACAAAAAAAUGACUAUCAACAAGUUAUUAGGCGUAUCUAUUGAACUCCUAAAAAAUUUUUUACUGUACUUAGAUCAAUUAGGAAAUAUAUAUAGAACAGAAGAUAUUGAACAAUUGGAUAGAAUAUUCUUGCAAGGAAAUUCCAAAGAAUUUGAUGAUAACAUUGAAAAGGGUUCUGAAACAAAUUGUGAAAUUGGAGUAAGGGCAGGUAGAACCAUCAAAGUUAUAGCUGAAUUGUUGCCAUAUAAUGACUACAUAAAGGAUCUGCUCAUGUCAAAUCAGAAUCAUAUUGACAUUUUUUCACGUUUGGAAUAUUUGGGAGAUUUGCGAAAAAAGUAUUUCUACUUCUUACUUAUCAAUGAUAUUGUCAGAAGACUUUUCAUUUUGAGGAAGACGGAAGUAUGCACAACUUUCCUAGACUCGGUAGCAACACUAUUGGUGGUUAUUUCAAAAGAAGAUUUGUAUGAUAAUAUAUUGACAGUAUUCACUUCACUGAUAGGAUCCAUACUAUUUACAAGACCGCCGGUUGAAAUUUUAUACAAAAUUAUGGUUGUAAUAAAAAAUUGCUCGAAAUCUAAAGAAUUUCUUAAUUUUUUAUGCCUUAAACCAAACUGCAAAAAGUUCACUGUGGAUAAAAAAAGGAAACUGAAUUACUUCUCAGAAGAUACAUGUAAAUUUACACUUUUCGUUUCGCUACUGAAUAAUACACUAAAAUAUAUAAAAGAUGAAAAGUUAUCCAUAGAUGUCACAUGCGAUGUAUUAUCGUUUGUUGAGAAUAUUUUCACAAGUGAUCCAUGUUGGGUACAUGAUCAACAAAAAGAUCAAUGCACAUGUUUGGAACAGUUGUACCAACUGAUAAUUGAAGUUUUAUAUUGGACCUUGAUACAUUUCAAGAAAAAAGAAUAUAAUAUUCGAAAAAACAAAUAUGUUUUUGUAUUCAAAUGUGGGAUCAGAGUUUUGGAGAUACUAGUCUUCAAUUCAUAUGAUUUCAUUGAAAAAUUCAUUGAUAGUUAUUCAAGGUACAAAGAAAUAUGUAAAACGUUGUUAGAACUGCAGGAAGAUCUGGAUUUGACUGAAGAAACAUUCAGUUUGGAAAAAAUGUGCCUCUUCGAAGAAGUUCCGACUGCAUCUAGUUCCAGCUUGGAAAUGAUUUAGAUUCACAUCAUAUGUCACUGAUAUGCAUUAAUUAGUGUAAUUAGUGGUAACAUCAGUUGAUGAUGUUCAAAAAAUAUUUCUUCAUGUGAUAAUUCAAUCGAUAUUUGAAUUUGAAAAUUGUAAAAUUCCAUUAUGAGUAUUGACUCACAAGGUGAUAUUUAUAUCUUUUUUUAAGUUAUAUAUUAUCUAAUCUGUAGUUCACUUACAGAAUUAUUGUCAUUAUAAAUAUAUGAUUUACUAAUGAUAA